AGCGCAAGCAAGUUGAACCGACUGCUUGAUGACAGGAAGAAUACGGGUUAGUUUCGUUCUCGUUUCAUUUGUUUAAGUUGAAGUUUGUGUAAAUUGAGCCAAAAGACAGCGUAGAGAAGUUUGUAUAAUCCUCGUUGGGUCUGCUAAAAUCAAGUGAAGGUGUGGACACGGGAAUUUACCAGGUGUACUUGCAAGAAAACAAGGUUGCACCAGACGUCCGGCUGUUUGAAAGUGCGGCUAAAAAUGAAGAUUCUGAUGGUGUUUGAUUUUGACCACACUGUGGUGGACGAGAACUGUGACAUCUGGGUCAUCAAGUGUCUUCCGAAGCAGACUCUCCCAGACUCUGUGGAGAGCACAUACAGGAGGGGUCAGUGGACUGAGUACAUGGGCAGAGUGAUGGCCUACAUAGGAGACCAGGGGGUCGCCCCCGACAGGGUCCGCAGCGUCAUGGAGACCAUUCCCUUCACACCCGGCAUGCCGGAGCUGUUCACAUUCAUAUCAGAGAAUAAAAGCACGGUGGACUGCAUCAUCGUCUCCGACGCCAACACCAUGUUCAUCGAAUGGGUCCUCCAGGGGGCGGGACUCUGGGAAGCUGUGAACCAGGUGUAUUCCAACCCGGCCAGCAUCAAUGAGUCCGGCUACAUGGAGCUGCGGCACCACCACUUGCACGAGUGCGCCAAGUGCCCCGUCAACAUGUGCAAGAAGAAAGUCCUGGAGACGUACCUUUCCGAGAAGGCAGACGGCGGCGAGGUGUACGGGCGAGUGUUUUACGUGGGGGACGGCGGGAACGACCUCUGCCCCGCGUUCUGUCUGAGUGCGGGUGACGCUGUGAUGCCCAGGAAGGGCUACACCCUGGAUAAGAUGCUGACCCGACUAAGAGAUCAGGAAGGCAACGGCUCCGUUUCAGCUAAAGUCAUUCCAUGGAGCAGCGCCACUGACAUUCUGCAGGAACUGAAAGACAGUCUCCAGUCUCAGUGAUCCACAUCCUCACCACAUCGUACCCCAGACCCAAUCAAAAGAUUCAGUAUUUUAUUACUGGUCUUGUAUUUUUAAUUAGAAGUGAUGAAUUUGUUGGGAUAAAGUAAUUUUAUUAUACUAACAACUAAGCCUGUUGCAGUAAACAAUCAAUUGAUCAGUUAAAAAUAGCUUGAUCAUUUCCAUCCUGAUGAUUAAUAUUUUUUGAAGGGCAAUUUUGUUUACAGAGAUUUAAUAAUCCAUUUUAGUGAUGAUUUUGUUUG